GCACUGGCCGCGGUCUCUGUCGUACCAUCGAAUGGGUCACCUACAGGAUACAAGGUUACCAUCAAAUACCACAACUCAAGUGCUCAAGAGGUACAGAUUGCAGGAAUUCCACACUUCACGAAUCAAUAUCAGACGACUAUCACUUCUGCUGCAUCAUUCGAUCCAACCGAUUACAAACCAGGCGACUUUCCUGCUUUCACCGAUGUCUCAGUCUACUCUAUGGAGGCGAAAGGCGAUGGCGCAUUCACCUUCACCAGGCCAUUGCCUUCUGGCACAUAUCAAUACUACUUUCUGCCUGACUGUCAGAAUGUCACACUUUGCGUAUCUAUGGACCAGGGGAUCACCGAUCCUGACAAUCCGCCUUUCGAGACCGUUCAAGGCACCGAAGCAGGCUCGCCGUUCCAGGUUCCAUACCACCCCGGAUACCAAUCCUACGCAGACGUCAACUUGAACUUCGACUAUGCUCUCCCUGUCAGCGGCCCUCAAGGCAAAAUAGUGGCCGAUUUCUACCCUUCGCCUGGCGCUGUCAGCCCAUCUGCAGACCUGCACGACUUCGCUGUGUACUUGCCGCCAGGCUACGAUAACAACUCAGCACACGCAGCUUAUCCGCUUCUCUACCUCUCUCACGGAGGUGGUGGCGCCGCAGGUGAUUGGCAGAAUCAAGGGCAGGUCAGCAACAUCCUGGACCGACUCAUUCUCGAAGGACACAUCGAGCCAACGGUCGUGGUGAUGCCAACUUUCAACGGACUCCUCAAUACGUCCAAUCCUUCAGCUCAAAUCGUCCGACCCCUGUAUCAGCAGUACUUGUUUCCAUACAUCGAAUCGCAUUACCACGUUUCCACAGACCCAGGACGCCGAGCGUUCGCGGGCCUUUCUCUGGGAAGCGCACUCACGUAUGAGAUGUACAUCAACGCGACAUCGUACUUUGGUUAUUAUGGACUCUUCUCCGGAGCUCUAGCACCCGGCCAUCCAUUGGAUGAUUAUGUGAAUACCAGCAUGGCGGCGCAGAAUCCCGCUUUACUAGAUCGUGGUCUCACGGUCGCAUAUGGACUGUUUGAUAUUGCAUUUGAUGAUACUAGGCUGCUGCAAGAAGCACUGGAUGGAAUCGGAUCGAAAUAUGUUUCGCGAGUCGCGCCGUUUGGUUUCCAUGCUUGGAAUACGUGGCAGGAUGCUUUGUGGACGUUUGGGAGAACGACUUUGUGGAAAGCUAGGCCUUUG